AUGUGGAGGAAGUUUUUGAAGUUUGACCGUGAUGCUGUGCGAAAUGGUUGGAGGAAAGUAAUAUGGAAACUGCAGAAGACAUUGGGAAUGGAUGCAAGCUGGCCAGUGUUGUGGACUGAGAGUAAACUGAGGUCUCUGCCUUCUCGACAGUUCAUCGAAGUGCUGAAUGCGUCGCAAGAAAAACAACUCUUGAACAUCAUCACUGAAGUGGAGUUACUUUCCCGUUGUUACAAUUAUUUUCCCAAACAUCUGUCAGAUGCGAAUUGGAAGAGGUUGCUUCAUUGUGAAACUCAGAAGCAACGGUUCAAUUAUAUCAAGUUUUGUCGUCAAAAGGAAUUAAAGGAAUUAAAAUGCGAAAUGAAACAUCGGCUGAAGAUUUCUGAGAAAUUAGGAACUUCGAAACCGGUGUCAGGAUUUGCAGUGUUUGUGGGCACCACACGGCGGAAGCGUAUUGCCGAUCAACGAAGAUUAAUGAAUCAUCUACACAAUCUUCAGCUGGAUCCAAAACCUGCACUGCUCGUUGAUUGUCGAUUUUUAAAUGAACUCUCACCGCAGGCUCUAUCUCAAACAUUACUCCAGCUUUCUUAUUUGGCAAGUGAAAACCGAGAUCGGCGACGUCCAUGGCCACUUUAUUUUUUUAAUUUUGAUAUGAAGGACGAAAGAAUCUUGGAAGGACGAGAGAGGUAUUUAUCAUUAGCUAAUUCACCAAGAAACAUAUCCCUCACAAUCUCAUCAUCCAGUUACUUGAAUCAUUUCUCUCCUGAAGAAAUAAUUUAUCUAAGUCCCCAUGCAGAAUUUGAUUUAGAGGAGGUAGACGGCUCAAAAGUAUAUAUUUUGGGUGGCAUAGUCGAUAGAGUUGCGCAACACCGUUUGCACCCAUAUGCAACACUCCUUGCUGCAAAGCAAGAUGGAGUCGAAGCGCGCCGACUUCCUAUUGACAGAUAUAUCAAAUGGAAAUCAGGUUCGAGAAGUAUGACAUUGCUUGCGGUUACAUCAAUUCUCUAUAGUGCUUAUGAAUCAUGUGGUGAUUGGGAAACUGCUUUUAGGAAAUAUGUCCCGGUAAGAAAUAUCAGGGGACCAGAAGAGAAGAAUCCCUACGGUCGACGUUUGCAUGCAUGCAUACAUGAUUAUGAGAGACGCCUACUAACAGAACUUAAUCAGAGAUUAUAA